UGUAGGUUAAUUAAAUUGGAUUUUUUACAAAUCUAUCGUUUCAUUGAUUAAGAGUUAUGGAUUUGGUACAAGAAUUAAUAGAUUCUCUAGAUUCGAAAUGUGGGUUAGAUAUAAAAGAGUUUGCAUUAGACAGUAUUUUAGGUAUGACCGGGACGCAAGAAGGUCGGCAAUAUUUAGUGGAAAAUCCAAAGAUUUUAAGGAAGUUAAUAUUACUGUUACAAGAUAACACGCCUAGGAUAGCAUUGAAUGCUUCUUCGGCUCUUAUAAACAUCUCUGCCGAUGAGGAUGGAAGUAGCGCUUUGCUAAUAAUCUCAGAGUCAUCCAAGUGCAUACCAAAGGACAAUGAAAUCGAUAACUUAAUAUAUCUAUGCUUCAGUAAUAUACUAAAUCAACGUAGUAGCCUGGCAGAUUCUUCUUGCGAGAUUUUGUCUAAUAUGACACGUUCGAAUGCCUUGGUGGACAGAAUCCUUGCGUUAGCUGAGAGGAAUGGCUUUACGUGGGACUCAUUGUUAAUUGCAUUUACAACAACUAACUACAACUGGGCUAAGAAUAAAUUGCCUUAUUUAGGUCCAAUUUUUUGUAAUAUCACUCAGUCGCAGAAAAUACGAAACUAUUUGUUGGAGAAGGAUCAGUGGGUGCUUAGACGAUUCCUUUUGUCGGUCGAGCACAGGGAGAGCGUAUUAACAAGACGUUCGAUCAUUGGGACAUUAAGAAAUUGUUGUUUCGACAUUCAACAUCACGACGUACUGUUGGGCGCGGAUAUCGAUAUUCUACGAUAUUUGCUGUUACCUUUAGCUGGCCCGAACGAAUUAACGGCCGAAGAAAAUGAUGGAUUGCCCGUAUAUUUGCGGUAUCUACCGGAAUCAAAAAGGAGAGAAGAAAAUACUGAAAAUCGGAUUAUGAUACUUGAAGCAUUGGGCCAAUUAUGCGCUACUAAAAAAGGACGAGAGUAUCUUCGAGAGAAUAACGCUUACAUAAUUCUCAGAGAAUUGCAUAAAUGGGAAAAGAACAAGGCAGCUUUAUUAGCUUGUGAAAACGUUGUGGACAUUUUAAUAAAAACCGAAGAAGAAAUAGGAGUGGAUAAUUUGAAAGAUAUCGAAGUGCCAGAAGUGUAUAAAGAGAAAUUUAACGAAUUGGAUAAAUUGUAUCUCGAGGACAGGAUAACAGAGCCUGAAAGUAUUGGCCAUCAUUAGUGAAACGAGUGCUUUUAUAUUAUAUGUAUAAUUAUUGUUUAAAAUCGCCUAGACAAACUUAUGCUUUUAAGUUA